AUUACUCGGUUUGAAAGUAAUGUAAAGUAUGAGCAAUUUCAAUCGAAAUCAAAAGUAUACAUUUGCAUCAAUCUCAUAGAAAGUUAUCGAUUGAUGAUCCCCGAAAAUGGCUUGCUGCAAGAUCAGUAAAGUGUAUCUAGUCUUAUCAGCGAUAAUUGUUUCCCAUGUAAGUGCAAAUUACAAGUACGAGCGCUUGAGAGUUUCGAAUCAAGUUCCUUGGAAUAAUCAAUAUGACAUUUACGAGAGCGCUUCUUCCGUAAUGCGGCCUUGUUAUUACGAUCCUCGCGAGUCAAGCGAAGCUCGAGCUACGGAAGUACAAGAACAGCUCGAAAGUUUAUCGAAACCUCGUUUACCAGCCAGUAACAUCAAGAAGGAAGCGACCGAACAGAAAAAUUCGAAAAAACUGAUACUUCCAUUUUACACAUUUGCAAGUAAAGAUUCUAUCAAAUACAAAGAGUUACUUCCGAAUUCGGGAAUUGCACACUGCCAACAAAUAAAACGGGAAGAGUCGAUCGGAAAACAGGAUGAGUCACAAAAAGAUACUGCCGUUUGUUACAAGUGCAGAGAUCCUAAAACCAAGUCGACGUACGAACGGUGUUUGUACAAUAGUUAUCCGGAAGAGAGCGCAUCCAGUAGAAGGGUCGAGCGUUUUGCACCUACUGGCUUUAGAUAUCGAAGGUCCAACUCGGAUGAAGACAGGAAUUACGGACAGGUAAAGAAUCCUUAUCGGUUCGCGGAGGAAUACUUUACCGACGCCACGUACGACGUGCCAGCCGCGUAUCAAAACAAAGAUGAGAAAUGCGAGAAAAUCGUAAAAGACUCCAUGGUGUGUAUGGUGUGCAAAGACGCCAAGACCAACAGCAAGUACGAACAGUGUUCGUAUAUAAAACAGCCGCGUGAAAAGGCGUACUCCUACACCAAGUCCAGCUCCUUGGAGAAGCCUGAAGAACAAGAAAGUAACAAAAAUGAGCAACAAUCACCCGAUUUCAAAGAAUCCGAUCGGAAUUACGGAACCGCAGAGAAGUCUGGCGACAGUAGCGACUAUUCUUAUCCAAACGAGGGUUAUUCGGAGAAAAUCUCGAACAAACAGGAAACGGCACCUUCGCAAGCGGAUUGCGAACAAGUGGAAAAAGAUUCCAAGACCUGUACGGUGUGCAAGGAUCCCAAGAACGGCGGCACUUACGAAAAAUGCGUCUACAACUAUCAACCCAGUGAUACGCUGUAUAAAUACAGCAGAUCGAAAAGCUUCGGGUAUCCGGAAAGUUCGAAGAAAGCGGAUCAAGCGUCGGCAAAAUCCAAGGAUCACAAUUAUCCGGAAAGUUCAGAAUCUACGUAUAAUUAUUCGGGUGGAUCCAAAGUUCCUGCUUAUCAGCGAAGAUCUACAACUGAUUCUGACGAUACGUCACGCGAGUCGUCACACAAUUACGACAGCGAUUAUCCCAGUCACGAACAGUCGAGUACUUAUCAAUAUCCGUCGAGUAAUGACAAAGGAUCUUACACGGGGGAAGCGACGUCAUCCGAAAAUAUCAACGCGGAUCAUUGCCAAAAGGUGCAGAAGGACUCGAUGACAUGCACAAUCUGCAAGGAUCCGAAAACGGGCAACGAUUUCGAGCAGUGUUCGUAUUCGUAUCAGCCUAGCGACAAACUCUUCUCCUACACCAAGUCCAGCUCAUUCGGUACUCCACGAAAAACUGACAAUAAGUCUGAGCAAACGCACGAAGAAUCGACGCGCGAGGAAAACGAGCAGCCGUCGAACAGUUAUGAAGAUUCAAAGAGUCGUUCUUACGAGAAGUACGGUCCGGGUGAAACUUACGAAGCUUCAACGGCCGACGAAACGAAGUCUGAUGACGAUGACGCGGCGAACAAGAAAUUAGCCGGAGCGGACGUUGGAUAUUUCAAUACCGCGAAAAAGAAAGCGGAAAUCGAGGCGUUCAUGCAGAACUUUCAGAAAGAAGACCGGUCGAAAUGUAAGAAAAUUAUGCGCGACAAAAUGACCUGCUAUCAGUGCGUUGAUAAGGACGGUUUUCAAAAGGAGGAAUGCGUGUUCGUUACCGGACAAGAACCCGACAAGCAAUCGACGCAACUCGCAUUUCACGAGGUGAAGGAAUUACAAAUCGAUCCCGCGACGCGUAAUCGCGCCCUCGAACUCUCAAGUUCGGCGAAAGAGAAAGCUGUAGAUCCUGUAGAGCCCAGUGCGUCAGCUAGUGGAAAUUCUUACGUCAGAAUGAAAAAGUCGGACAACGACUAUCCCGAUGAGGCGUCGCAAACAGCGGAAGAAACUAAGGAAGCUGAACCGUAUGACUACACGUCAGAAACAAGAGCGGUGUACAACGAGGCUCUCGGAAUGACUCUUCCGGCAUAUAUGUUCGCUACUUCAGAACACGAGGCGGCAUUUGAUGAGAUUGUAGCUUCCAGCCACAAUCAGCGUUAAUUUACACGUUUGUCGACAUAUUUUUAUUCCAUCUUUUAUCGUUAUACACGUGUAUCUAGAUAUUUCUUUAUGAUGUUGAAACAGAGUUGGAAAUUUUGCAAAUGUUUUUAUUGUUUUUUUUGUUUUUUUUGUUAUGUAGUUUCUAGUAUUUGAAACUUUCUCUGUGAAUGUACGUACCAGAAUCUGAAGUGUGUAAUCACAGUUUGAAAAGCACAUUAAAAAAAAACGCAAAAAAUGUCAAGUUUACAAUAUUUGUCUUCUAAUU